AUGACGUUAAGUAAUGGUGUCGUCGUUCUUCCAGCACCAGCCCCUACUCAAACAUAUGUUACUAUAUCAGCCCUGGAAGCCGGUCAGCUCACGCUUCCUGAGAAGCUCUUCGUUACAGAUGCCGAUCCGGAGAGGCGUGCAACAGUCCCUUCCCUCUCUUUUCUUGUUCGACAUGGUUCAUCCAAUCUCGUCUUUGAUCUCGGUCUCAAACGCGAUUUUGCCGGCUAUCGAGAAGCGCAGCAGCAUCAUAUCGCUCAACGCCAGCCAACUAGUGUUAGCCCAGAUGUGGCCGAAAGUCUGCGAAGAGGUGGUGUAGACCCAAGAGAAGUGGACACCGUCAUGCUGAGUCAUGUGCAUUGGGAUCACGUUGGCACGCCGGGCGAUUUUACGAAAGCGCAAUUUGUCGUCGGAAGUGGGACUAUGCAUCUACUCGCGAAUGGUGGUGGGCCCCUUUAUCCAGCUGAGAUAUUCAACUCCGAUGAGUUGCCAGAUGAUCGAACGAGCGAGUUGCCUCCAGUCCGCAAAGAAGAAGGGCCACGGGCGUUCAAGAACCAACUGGCAGAACUCGAGUGGAAACCGUUGGCAGGCUUCCCUGCUACGGUAGACUUCUAUGGAGACGGAUCACUGUACAUCAUCGAUGCGCCAGGCCACCUUUUCGGACACAUCAAUAUUCUCGCUCGCAUUGGGCCAAAGGAAUGGGUGUACCUCGGCGGCGAUUGCUGUCAUGACCCAAGGAUCUUGAGUGGCGAGAAGGGUAUCGCGCUCUAUGACGAUGGAAAGGGUGGCCUGAGAAGUGUACACGCUGACACUGAUGCAGCAGCUGCUACUGUGGAAAGGAUCGCAAGGUUUUUGAAGCAGGGUAACGUGAAAGAGGAAGGCAAUGGACAAGUGCAGGUUGAGGUCGUAGUUGCACACGAUAAAGGUUGGGCAGAGGCGAAUAAGAGGAGAUUUCUACCAGGCCACUUAUAG